AGGGCACAUUAAGAACGACCGUGACGCUGAUUGUCCGCACUCCGAUCUGUGGCGGCGCUAGUGAACACUUGCGCUGCAAACUGUACCUCCAGUUCUGUCAAAACAAGAGCACUGAGCGACAGCAACACCAGUAGCAGAAGUAGAGUUUGUGUGAUGGAGUUUCGUUGAUAUAUCGACUGCGCUUUCCCGAACUUUAUUAUUACUAACAUCUCUGCUUUUCUGCUGCGACUACACACACAGCGUAGCUCUCGUGGCACCAUGGCUGAAAGCAUCAUCAUCAGAGUUCAGUCUCCUGAGGGAAUGAAGAAAAUUCCCUCAACCAAAAGAGAAACUGCUGCUGCUUUUCUCAAGAAGGUGGCCCAGGAAUUUGGGUUCAACUCCAACGGUUUUUCCGUUUACCUGAACAGAAAUAAAACUGGGCAAAUCCUCUCACAGAACAAAACCCUGAGUCUUCUCAAGAUCAAACAUGGGGACAUGCUCUUUCUUUACCCGUCAUCGUCCUCUUUGCCUGGUGAGGUGAUGGAUACAGCCAGCCCUCACUCCUCCUCAUCUCUACCGUCCAUCCCCUCAACAUCAUCGGCCUCAUCCUCUUUCGCCAUCCCACGUUCAUCAUCAACGCCUCAGGUGGAAGAGGAUGACAUUGAUCAGUAUCUUACAAAACAGGAUGGGAAGAUCUACAGGAACAGAGACCCUCAGCUGUGUCGCCACGGAGCCCUCGGCAAAUGUGUGCACUGUGUACCACUAGAGCCUUUUGACGAAGACUACCUGAACCAUCUAGACCCACCGGUCAAACACAUGUCAUUCCAUGCCUAUCUGCGAAAGCUGACAGGCGGUGCUGACAAGGGAAAGUUUGCUGCACUAGAGAACAUCAGCUGUAAGAUCAAGAAUGGCUGUGAAGGUCAUCCUCCUUGGCCCGAGGGCAUCUGUACCAAGUGUCAGCCCAGCGCUAUCACUCUUAACAGACAGAAAUACAGACAUGUGGACAACAUCAUGUUUGAGAAUCACACGAUUGCUGAUCGGUUCUUGGACUUUUGGAGGAAGACGGGCAGUCAGAGGAUGGGGUACCUAUAUGGACGCUAUACAGAGCACAAAGACAUUCCUUUAGGCAUUCGGGCUGAGGUAGCAGCCAUUUAUGAGCCCCCUCAGAAUGCCACUCAGAAUAGUCUGGAGCUGCUGGAUGACCCUAAAGCUACUGCUGUGGAUGAGAUUGCUGCAAAACUUGGGCUACGCAAGGUGGGGUGGAUCUUUACAGACCUAAUCUCAGAGGACACACGAAUAGGCACUGUCCGCUACUCCAGGAACCAGGAUUCUUACUACCUGAGUGCAGAAGAGUGCAUCACGGCUGGGUUCUUCCAGAACCAACAUUCAAACCCUUGCAGGCUUUCUAGAGAUGGACACUUUGGGUCCAAGUUUGUAAGCGUGGUGGCGACUGGCGGUCCAGACAACCAAGUCCACUUUGAGGGCUACCAGGUGUCCAACCAGUGUAUGGCUCUGGUCCGAGAUGAAUGUCUUCUCCCGUGCAAAGAUGCUCCAGAACUCGGAUAUGCCAAAGAGUCUAGUCCGGAGCAGUAUGUGCCUGAUGUCUUCUUCAAGGACAAGGAUAAAUUUGGGAAUGACGUCACAUUUCUGGCCCGGCCUCUUCCUGUCGAGUAUCUCAUCAUAGACAUCACCACAACGUUCCCAAAAGACCCCCAGUACACAUUCUGCUCCACCCAACGCUUCCCCAUAGAGAACCGGGACGUCCUCGGAGAAACACAAGAUUUCCACAGUUUAGCAUCCUACCUUUCCCAGUGUUCCCCCACCACCUUCUUGAACAUCGUGUCCGACUUCCAUCUCCUCCUCUUUCUCGUCACCAAUGAAGUCAUGCCGCUCAGAGACAGCAUCGGGCUGCUGCUGGACGCUGUGAGAACAUCUAAUGAGGACCUUGCUCAGACCUGGAAGAAGUCAGAACAGUGGGCAACAAUCGAGCAGCUCUGCAGUACGGUGGGGGGUCAGCCCUCCAGCUCUCUGGGCUACGGCGCCAUGAGUGAUGUGUCUGCGCCCCCUUCCUCUUCGGCCAUGUGGUCGUGUCUCCACUGCACCUACAUGAACCAGCACGGCACUGAGCACUGCGAAAUGUGCAGCCUGCCUCGCAGUUAAAGCCCCUCUCCCCCCACUCUUCUGUGGCCCUGCCCCCUCAUCUCCUCACCGUGACAUCAUCAGGAGGCGACGCGCUGCUGCGAGGCGACAAGCUCGUUUACAUGAACAAGAUCAGACUGUGUGUUUUCUGCUUCCUCCUCCUGGUGACUCCGGAGUGCAGCAGUCGCUACAAGCACUUUUUUUGUCAGAAGCCCCUCCACUGUCUGUUUUUCACCGAGUAUUUCAGGGCCCCCACUGGCUGUUCUGUAAUCUAACUAAAAGACGGGUGGUUGAACAUCUGAGAUGGAAUCUCAACACAGUUUGUGGUUUGUUUUGAUAAGGCACUUUGACUAGAUUGGUCCAUUUGAUCUACUCCUGGUGUUCAGGUUUCGAUGGCUUGAACCUUCCCUUUAAUAUCAGUUUGUCAAAGAAGCAACUUCUGUCAUUAGUCAGAUCGGCCAGAUGCUGCUUUGGGCUGCCCCCAUUGGUCCCAUUGCUCCCUUCUAGAGCGGCAGAGCUGUAUGGGAUGUGCUUGUGUGAGGAUCAAGAGAUCAUUAAUACCUUAUCUGCCUCCAAGCAGGUUUUACCAAGGCUUCCAGUUGUACAGCUAAAUUUGAGUCUGGGCGAUAUGUGACUGAAACUCUGCCACUUCAAAUUUGACUUCACACCGAAUUAGGACCAAAAAAGUAGAUUUGAAGCGUUUUGGUUGGUUAACUAAAGAAUCCUAAUCCUUGCUGAGAGUAUUGGGAAUCUAACUGGGACUGUUUUUUUUUCUCCACUGGCACAUUAAUCAAGCCCAUUAGGUGAAGGAGGGACAGUCAGGACAGUGAGGGGGUGGGUGGGUCGGGCCCUGGACUCUAUUUAUGAGACGUGUGAGAAUAAUUCCAUUGGAGUGAGAAUUUAUUUUUAGUUGUAGAAGAAAAAAAGAUUGAAAAUAAUAAAGAUUGAUGUGUUUUCCUCUCUCGCUGGCAUCACUCAGCCUCGCACCUCACCUCCGCUGUGAGUGUGCGCCUUCACGGCAGAAGAACAGAUCUGACUUUGAGCGGUAACAUUUUUCCUUUUGUACUGACACAGGAGCAGUUUGCUGAGCAAGCAUGCUCCUUCACCGGCACAGGUCUCCUCCGGGAUUUUAACCGGCAACCUGAGAGUUGUACAACAUGGAUUUAAGAGAAAUAAACUCAAGAG